CAGCAGUCACCAGACAGUGUGGGGACCUUGCCUGCCCUGUUUUUGUACUACUUUCCAAGAUAUCGAUUGUGCCUUGUGUGGCAGAUACGGACUGCUAGUCUGCUUCCAUUUCUGUUUUGUUGGGCUUUCAUCAAUCGAACAGGCGGUGGAGCCAAAGAGUUUCAACUUCACAACGUGCAGUCCAAGCAAAGCCAGCAGAUGAAAACACUCAAGCUUCAAAACUGGUGGCAACCUUAAACUUCAACUUCUUCUUUCCAUAUUUUCUUGUGGAUACCCUGAGGCAUCAUGCUGCCUCUCGCAGGCGAGUGGCACACAAGUGGAGCAGCUUUGUAUUGCCGUCAGAAAAUGGGCGAAAGGGCGACAUUUGUGCGCCUUUUGAUGGGGUUUCUUCUCAGCGCCACAGGUGCCUGCUGCCCCAUCGAGUUGAGCCCCCCCGGGGUGGCGGUGCAAUACGGAGACCCCGUUUCCAUCAACUGCAGCACCUCCGACCCCCUGUACAAAGGGAUGGGUUGGGAGGCUCCGCUGGGUGGCACGGGCCUGAAGCCUGUGCGCCAUUUGGCUUGGAGCGUGGACGCACUCACCAGGUGGCACAUCUCGCCCGAGUGCUUCCUCAGCCCAGUGCCCAAAAGCGGACGAGACCAGUGCUCCAAGAACGCAGACGUCGUCGUUUACACAUCUCCACAAACUAUCUCCAUCCAAGCCAACACAUCUGUUGUCAAAGAAGGAGAGCCGAUUGAAGUGAUAUGCAUCAUUAGGAGGAUCGCGCCGAAACACCGCGUCAUCGUGCGGUGGUACAGCAACGAUGCGGUCAUCACGGAAAGACGCGCUGAAGGCUCAAUUAAAGGACCUGUUGAUCUUGUUUUUGGCUACAACUACAAACAUUUCGAGUCGUCUUCGGAACGGCGGCAGCAGCUUGUCAAGCUCAAAUGCGAGGCGGUUUUGGACCUGCCGCCCGAGGGGCAGCAACUCGGUGCAUUUUCACCCGAGUUGGAGAUCACAGUUGAAUAUGACAUAGAAGACAUCCAGCUCACGUGUCCAACUAACUACACCGCAGUGGAGUACGCUCCUCACAACCUCUCCUGCUCCGUGGAAGGCGGGUCUUCCGAAUCUUUGAUCACCUGGUACAAAGACGGAGAGGAGGUGGAGUUAUCGGAGACACUGACGAGAUACGACGCCGGGCAGUAUGUCGUCGUUGCCACCUUGUCUUCAAGCACGGUCAAUGCCACCGUGGAUCUCAAUGUUGUAUAUCCGCCCUCGCAGAUAGAGGAGCUGGAGGAUAUUGAAGUGGAGCUGGGCUCCGAAAUAUACCUCCAGUGCUCCACCAGAGCCAACCCGCGACCCGAAUACUCCUGGAGUGCACCCACUUUUCUCAACAUCACUCAGGUCAAUGAAGAUGGAGUUUCCCGUCUACUGAUACCGAAUGUGGCUUCACACCACACGGGCGUCUACACUUGCUACGCCAGCAACGAAAGAGGGAAUGUCACUAAAAAAGUCACAGUGAGUGUAAAAGAGUGCGAGCCCGACUGGUUUAGGUGUGCAAAAGGCGCAUGCAUCUUGUCUCAUCGGAUGUGUGACGGAGAAGACCACUGCGGUGAUGGGAGCGACGAAAUCCUGUGUGGUGAGCAUCAUGAAUGCCCCAUUAGGAUACAACCUGAGGCCCUGGUGCUCCAAUACAUGGGUGAAAGCCAGAAGGCCACGUGCAUGUUCACAAGCACAAGAAAUGCCCGAGCCAUAGCUUGGGCCGGAGGGCCCGUCUUACACCACAACGAAACAACUUGGACUCCUAACACCCAUACAGACUGGGAUCCUUCUCCUCGCUGCGCCGUCUUCUUCCAGAGUCAAAUGAUUUGCAAGAAGCCUCUUGACUUCAUCCUCUACAAAAUGCCUGACAGCGUCACCAUCCGUCCGGUCAACAAGUCGAUCUUUUUGGAGGGCAAGCUGUGCCAGCUGCGUUGUGACAUCACCAACGUGGCUCCUGCACAAAGCCUCAUUGUGCGCUGGUAUCACGGAAAUCGAACCAUUGAGCCAUCAGUCAGGGAGCCUCUGCGAUUGGUCGACUGCCCACAAGAUUCGAACACGUCGUGUGAACCGGGCGCCAUCAGGACGCCGGUAAACGUGUCUGCCAGCGCCAGCUUCCUCCUCAACCGAACACAUCACGAAGCCGCUUUAAGUUGCGAGGCGAUCUUGGAUUUGGGACCGCUGGGACCACGGCUGUCACCCGCCGUGAUUUCACGUGCUGUCAGCUUCAGUGUGUACUACAAACCGGUCAUCAACACCACCAAGCUCCCGAGAGUCGUCCCGCUGUUCCGAGGUUACCCCGAGGAGCUCGUGUGCGAAGCAGACGGCCAGCCGCCUCCCGUCAUCUACUGGUCAAGCGGCGUUGAAAACCCCUCCUGGGAGUCAAGAGACAACAUCACCGUUUUGAAGGCAGGCCACUACGUCUGCAAAGCCGUCAAUGACGUGGCGUCGGAUGUCCACGAGGUUGAAGUGAUCCCAAAAGAGGACUACCUGCCCCUCAUCGCUGGCUUCGUGGCGGCCACGGUGGUGGUCAUAUCGGCCAUUUUCCUCUUCAUCUACUCCAUCUAUUACAAGAAUACCAAGAUGCGGCGCUACAGUCUGAAGAACCCCAAACUCGGCGGCCACAACGCCAACGUGGCGCACAACGGCUGGGACUUACAGUUCCCUAUGACCAAGCUGUCGUGACCGGAUCACGUCACCCCCACCACACGCGGACGUACGAGCUGUCUGGGCGACUGACUCACAGUCACGUCUUCUUUCAGAUUUGACUCUUUAUCAGAUCCGUUUAAAGACUACAGCUUGUGCUGUACGUGUCAGUAUUUACUACUCUGGUUCACUGGAUGGAGACAUUGCAAAGAAGGAGUCCAGACAAGUUGGCUCUUGAAUGUUUAGUAAGCACACAAAAAAAGUAAAAUGAUUUAUGUAAAUGGUUGGAGGUUUGCUUUCCUGCACCCCAACUCUUGUGGUGCGGUUUGCGUGGCAUCGUUUCACAAACUGAGCGUCUUGAGGAAGCGUGAGGUAACUCUGUGGUUUUUGGGGUUUGAAUUGAGGGAGUUCACUACUUUUCUAAACUAAUCAGUUGCGCUUGCCAUGUGAAACAUGAAGCGACGUGUGUAGAUCCCUGAGCCUUUUGUCCUUUUACGGUGCUUUCCUCUUAACUACUGUGCACUUGUACUUCUGUAUCCUCUCCCUCUCUCAUUCUCUCUGUGUGCCUGGUGCAGCUUGGGAAAUUCUCUCUGCUUUGUGGUCUGAUGAAUGCGUGGCCUUAAAUGCUAUAUUGAAUAUUUGAUGUACUGUUAAUUUUUUUUAAAGAAGUGAACAAAAAACGCAUGGUGGAUGUGAAUGUAGUGUCCCAAUAUUUGUGAAUGUUGCUGUACAUAUUUAUAACAGAGGAUUUUUAUCAUUAAAUAUGUGACUUUUGAGCAAA